GUACACCAGACCCUACAGCCCAGGACAGACCACGAAGCGGGACGGUAGAGUCAGCGUGGUAGAUUUUGGGAGUUGGAGAUUCGUUGUGGUAGUCACCGCGGACGCCGUGCUCGCCUGUGGCCGCACUCAGGCAGCCCGGCCCAUCAAAUUCUUUCCCGGAACUCUCUCCAUCUUUUCGGCGGCGAAACCCCACAACACGGCGCACUGCUUCACUCCAGCACCCCGGCACUUCCCUGACCUCUGCCGCUGCUAGCACCACUUCAAGAGCCUAGCGGGAGGUUAAACCACGCGGCGGUUCCACUGGUUUUCAGGCCGGCCUCCUAGCCAUAUGGGACUGCUGAUGUUGUCGCCCUCCUCACGGCGAGGUAGCGGCGGGUUGUCUGCUAGUAGCGUGACACCGCGGACCUUGGCUGUCGCCGUGGGUCUUGUCCUCCUCCUCCUAGCAGCAGGCUUCGACUCAGCGGAGGCCGUCCUCCCCACGGGGGAGCUCCGACUAGCGGACGGGAGCACGGCCUACGCGGCUCCGGCGUGGUUCGGCCUCCAGCUCCCGGAGGAGAAAGAGGCGACGUAUCUCCCUCUCCGGGUUCCCAAGAGCGACGCCGACGGGUGCGGGAAGGUGACGGUGGAGGAUCCGCCCGAGGGCGGGGGCGGGUUCGUGCUUCUGGUGGAGAGGGGCAACUGCUUCUUCGACGCCAAGGCGCUCGCGGCGCAGGAGGCUGGCGCCGAGGGGCUCGUGGUUAUGAACUCGGUGGAAGGCAUCUACCAGGACAAUAGCGCGGCGACCGACAAGUAUGACUACGAAUGCGACAACGGUGAGGGUUGGGUCAAAGACCUUCAGACCCCGGUAUGGGACCCGCUCAACACCGACGAGGCGUGCUGGUCCAACGACGCCUGUGACUCGGGAGUGUGCGUCGUAACCAACGUCACCGACGCAACCUUGGGAACAAAGGUUUGCUGCGCUUGGGAUAUGUACAUCACGAUGUACAGCUCGGAUCCGGAGACGUCGGACAAGGUUGACAUCCCGUCCGUGUACGUGACGAUGAAGGAUGGACAGGCUCUGCUGGAGGCUGGCGAGGUCGAUGUCGAGAUCUUCAACCGCCCUCGCAGCUACAUCAACCUGAGCUCUUUCCUCCUGUGGGGCUUGGGCGUGGCAACCGUGGUGUGGGCAAGCGUGAAGAGCGGCGAUGAUCUCCGGAGACGCUCCAACAGCAAGUCGGGGGACGGGUCGGCAGGGGUGGUUAACUACUGGGGUGCCUCGCACGAAGAAUCGCCGUCCUUGGAGCUAGGAGUUCGACACACUUUGGCGUUCGUGGUGUUUGCCUCGGGGAUGCUGCUGCUGCUCUUCUUUUUUAACCUGGGGCUGGCGGUGACCCUCAUGUUCUGCCUGUCGGCCUCAACGGCCACGUCUGCGAUCGUGGUGCUGCCCCUGAUGCGAUGGGCCCGCGCAACGCUUGUCGACUACGGGUUUAUCUGGAGCGACGGCGACGGUGGCACUGUCGACUGCUACUGCUUGGGCGUCUUGUCCGGACUGGAGAUUGCUUCCACCAUCACAUCCAUGGGUCUAGCGCUGUGGUGGCUAAUCGUCCGAAACACCACAAGUUAUGCAUGGAACCUGUUCGGGUGCUGCCUUUGCGCCACCUUCCUGUCCACGAUCCGCCUUUCAAGCAUCAAGGUGGCCACCUUCCUGCUUUGCCUAGCAUUCUUGUACGACAUAUUCUGGGUGUUUCUGUCCCCCCAGCUGUUCGGCGAGAGCGUGAUGGUCAAGGUGGCCACCGGGGGGGAGAUUACCCAAGACCCCACGUUCUGCGAGAAGUAUCCUACUUCCGACGGGUGCCAGGUGGAAAGCCUCCCGAUGUUGCUGGAACUCCCCCGGCUGUGGGACUACACGGGAGGUUACGCGAUGCUUGGCCUGGGUGACAUCGUCAUCCCUGGCCUGCUGCUGUCCUUCGCCCACCGCUACGACCUUUCUGUGGGACUUCACUGGGGCAAGGGAUACUUUGUCUUUAUGGUUGCCGGCUACGCGGUGGGGCUGCUGAUGGCCAACAUGGCCGUCUAUGUAAUGUCAAUGGGACAGCCGGCGCUCCUGUACCUAGUCCCGUGUACCCUUGGGCUGUUCCUGUUCCUGUCGUAUAACGACGGAACUCUGCGCAUGAUGUGGGACGGGCCCCCUUCUUUGAGCACGGAGCACGCGGGCUACGACGGGCUAUCCAGCAGUGAUGGCAACUUAGACAGGGGCGCCAAGCCUGGGCAGGGGAUGGGGGACGAGCGACAACAUCAGCGGUGGAUGGGGGGCGGGGGCGGGGGGAAGCUGCCCGAUGCGGGGAGCAGCCGUGACCCACGGGGGUGGGGCGUGGAGCAACAUUCUGCGGAGCCCCUAGCCUCCUCCGGCUGGCGUGGAAGCGGGGGUGUCGUAUGAUGACAAACAACCGCCGCCGCCGUCGCGAAAGUUGUCGACGAGCAUGGUGCCCUCUGAUCCGGGGUGUGUGUGAAAACAUACGGCAACCAUUCCCCGUAUCAUCACGUCACGAUCCACGCCUCGUGGUCGCGAUAUGUGUUUGGUGUUGUUUUUGUGGCGGGGACGACGGAAGCGCGAGUCUCGUCAAACACAACACGAGAGGAUCCCGCAUGAUAUCGAUGUACCCUUGGCUACCUGGUAUCUCCGGAAGUUACUUGAAGUUUUUGGUUCGGCCGAUUGUAACUUUCUGACAGUUUGUUCUGUUGAGGAGGGGCGGGAGGGGGGCGCAGGAGUGACUGGCGCUGAGGGAAGGAAAAUGGGGCCGCACUUGCCCCUUGAGAAUUGUUGACAUCUUGCCGUUCGUCGUGUGUGUUUUUAUUAGAGGGUACUUUGUGAGGUGUUGACACCAGGAGUCGUCGCAUCCUGAGUUGUCAGCGAUGAAGAUAUCUUGGGUGGGACGCAGCAAACGGCCGUACUAUGUUUCGCGGGGAAAGGUGCUGCCAUUUUUCAGAAAGGAGUGUUUCAGAGCAAAAACAAAAUAACUUGGUUCGAGAAUGGAUGAUUCGCCCAUCGCAGGGAAGCCUGGCAAGGGUAACAACACUGAUUUUGAACGCCAUUUUUGGAGGUUGAUUCUGAGUGCGCCACUUAAAUUGUCGAUAAUUUUCAUGUUGAAACUGAUGCGCGCAGCGGUUGGGGGAUGCCGCGAGCGCACGAAAGAGGUUCGCGAGAGAGAGAGGUGCUGGCAGCACGCCCCGAGGUGUCUCCGUUUACUGUGUAGUCAGUCUAAGCGGGUUGAUGUAGGCUUGAGUUUGUUUUUUUUUUUGGUCUGCGGCGGUCACCCUGCGCCUGUCUUACCCUCCGGUAAGCACCGCGGUUGACGACGCCUUUCCCAGCUUCACCUUACGAAGGUCGGCGUUGUGGCGGAUACUCCUCGUAACGAGAGAUAGAGCAGCACCAGGCAUGCAUACCAUGCCGUAUGUGCAUGAUCGCAUCUCUUGGUAGGUCAAGUCUCACCCAUGGAGCGAUGUUUGGGUCAGACUUUUUUUUUAUUGUUCUUUCUGCUUGGAAGUAAUUGGUUCAUCUCUGGGUUCCUGAUGCAGUGUAAUUAUGUAGCCUGUAACUUGUGAUUUUCACAGGAAAAAAAAUUUCGGCUUGUGAAAAAAUUGACGCUAGUUAAGGUUCCAACUCCGCCAAAGCCGGCAUCUCUACCGGCUUGGAGGAAAGAGGUAGCGCCGUGGCGAUAGGCUUCAUUGGUUGAGCGAAUAUCGCGCUCGCGUGCACAUGUGCCAUGUGUUGGAGAGGUGCAUACUCCGAGUCACACGCUCGCGUACUUGCUUGCACCUGGGCGUGCUUUGGGUGCGAAAUAGGGGGUCGAAGGAGGGAGGCGAAAAGCUACCCAAGAUGGAUGUUUUAUGCCUCUCCAAUUCUCGUUUUUGGGAAAGUCUUUGGCCUGAGACCAAGGAAUGUGUCCGUGUUAGUUGAGCCGGGCCGGUAGUACUGUAAGAAGGUACGUCUUUUGUCACGGAGCCUGGCCGUAAGCACGCACCAUUCGCUAGCAAAAGCUUGUAAUUGUGAGCGCAAGCAUCAGAGACCAGAACGAUCAUUUUGUUUACCCCCCCGCCCCGGCCAUCGGUGAUCGGUCCU